GGGACGCUCAACUGUCGCCCUCGGACGCGGACAAGAAAAAGAUGGGCCGGCGAUUGGCAGUUUUUUUGCAGCACCGGGUGGAGCAGAGCAAUCUUCUAGUACCUCUGAAGAAGAAGAAAACUGCAACGUACUAUUAAGGCUCAACUUUCAAUGGUCACCAUUUAGGUUGGAGUCACUGAGAUCGAAGAGGCGACCCUUUCUUGAGAGAACCAACAGGGGAAAUAAACGAAGGGAAAGGGGAGAGCUUUGAAGAAGGUCUCUUCCGUUCCGAGUCAGAAGUGACCAAUGAGUGCUGAGCUUUAAUACUAGCCUCGUUGAACUCAACUGCAGAGCUAGCUGGUCAUGCUAUCAGUGACGACCCAGAGGAUGACGAUGAAGAUCGCUCGCAUUGCUUUGCUACUGUAAGAACC